AUGGCUGAUGUCAUCGAAUUCUCCGAAGAAAACAUCCUUCAGCUGUCUCUCCUUCGUGAUGAAGAAACAGACGCCCUCAUAGACGCUGGCUUCCUCAGCGACGACCACCGAUUAUCCUCACCGAUGGACGGCGUACUCUGCUUUACGCACCAAGAGCUCAUCCUUCAAGUCACAGCUGGUCCUCACUAUCCCGUCACGGCACCCUUCUUUGACCUCAUCAACCUCACACUCUCGCGCAAGGACAUGGAUGGCCUCCGUGCGACCCUUCGCUGCGUGAUCGAGGAGGCGGCCGAGACGAACUGCGUCGAGAAAUGGCUCGACAGGGAAAACAGCACAUAUGGAAUCUUUGAGGCGACCAUGGUUGUCUUGAAGAUGGCCCAAGAGGCGGAUGCUCUGGUGAAGGCGGUACGAAGUCGAGCCAACCAAAAAGCCGACGAAAAGGAACGCAUAAUACCUCAUUCGGACCCAUAUCAAAAGAAGGCUGCCCAGGCGAUUACAACCAACGAGAUGGCCUUGAAGUACCUGGGCAAGUCGGCCAGGGAGAUCUGCGACACGAUUCCCCCGGAUUACCGAGUUCUUCACGCCGAAUAUGUCAUCCGGCGCGAUCUAGCUGCCCGCUUCGAUGCUUGCCGAGCUCGGUUGCGCAAAAAGCUCCUCCGCCACCACGAAAGCCUCCCGAGCUGCUGCGCGAACCACACCCGUCUCGAGGACAAGGUUGAGCAUCUCCUUCGUCCACGCAUGACGUUCCACGGCACGCAGCGCCACUUGGUUCCCUCCAUCGUCCGUCACGGCUUUCUCAAGCCGGGCUCGCGCGUGCCCAAGGGAGGAGGAGGAGGAGGAGGAGGAGGAGGAAACGACGUGCACAAGGUCCGUUGUGGCUCCACCUACGGUUGCGGCAUCUAUAGUUCGCCCAGCGCCGAGUUUUCCUUGAGCUACUCGAACUCCAGGGCGCGGCCGACAUCGCCGACCGAGUACUUCGGCCUCAAGUUGAUUGUGUGUGCCACCAUCAUGGGUCGCGCGCGAGAGAUGUUCCGCCAAGACGACUGGCGCACGCAGUCGCAGCCAUACAAGGACGCUGAUUCUCACGUGGCGAACCGCGAGCUUGAAUACAUCGUCUUCGACCCAGCACAGAUCAUUCCCAUCUAUGUGCUGCACCUGGAUUGGGGCGCCGACAACGCAAAGUACUUUGAACAUCUACCGAUGAACCCAUCCCAGUGGAAGCCCAGGGUCUCUGCGGCCAACAACAUGAUCAACGCCAACGAGGGUUUGGACUCUGCGUACGCAGGCGAGAGGCAAAGAGCAAAGCAGGCGGUGUUUGCCAAGGCGGCAAAGUACUUCCCCUACGGAUAUGGACCAGCGACAGGCGGACGAUUUGUGGUCGAGGAGGUUGGAGAGGUCUCGGAGGACGAAGAGGACUACGGUGCGUAUCAAGCCAUGAGAGGUACUGAGAAUCAAGACAGGACGGACAUGUCUGAGACGAACUUCUGGGGAUGGGUGGAGGCGGCUGAAGAGGACGAGGGCGAGGACGGGGGUGGUAUACAUACAACAGCGGACGAAUACAUCACAGAGAAGGGAUCUGGAUACCGACCGAAGAGCUGGGACUCAAUCAAGAGAGCCGAGUGGGAGGUGGAGGAGGAAGACGAUGAUGGCAGCUUCAACCUGGAUUGGCUGUUAUUGGGCCAGGUUUAG